AUGCGGUCUGCGACGUCUCUCUUGACUUUGUUGUCCUUGACUGUCGGCGUACUCGGUGGGGCCGUCUACGAUCUUGACACUUCAUAUGUAGGCACGGAUUUCCUAGAUACAUGGUCAUUCGAGGCUAUCACCGAUCCCACUGGUGGCAGAGUAAAUUAUGUUGACCAAGCGACUGCGUUGGCCGACAACUUGACUUACGCGUCGGGGGACACGCUCAUCAUGCGAUGUGAUGAUACGACCGUGUUGACGGCCGACGGACCUGGUAGAAACAGUGUCCGUAUCAAAAGCAACGCGCAGUAUACGACUCACGUUGUUGUAUGGUUUUUCUAUAGGAUUGAAGGUGUGAAUGACGUGUCUCCGAAUACCAUUUCUCUGCAUGUGGGCAGCACAUGUUCGAUUCCCUCGUCGAACAGCGACCAAACUGGCACGAUAAGCGCAACAAACUGCGACGUCAACACUGACGGAAACAGCGGAUGUGGAGUUCAAAACCCUACCUCGAACAGCUAUGGUCCCGACUUCAACUCCGCUGGUGGGGGCUGGUAUGCGAUGGAGAGGACGACCUCCUACAUCAACGUCUGGUUUUGGACUAGAGACGACUCGAGCGUGCCAUCAGAUGUGUCUUCCGCUGCAAGCUCCGUGGACACGAGUAACUGGGGCACACCGGUCGCGAACUUUCCCAACACCGACUGUGACAUUGGGUCCGUCUUUGGCGCGAACAACAUCAUUUUCGACCUAACCCUCUGUGGCGAUUGGGCCGGUGUAUCAUCUAUUUAUUCUGAUGCAGGAUGUCCAGAUACUUGCGUUGAUUAUGUCAACGAGAACCCCAGCGCAUUCUCCGAGGCCUACUGGGAUGUCGCAGGUGUUUACGUUUAUACUUAA